AUGGAGAACACAAGAGUGUUCGUCUCCGGGCUUCCGCCCUCAUUCUCUAAUGAGCAACUUAAAAAACACUUUGCAUCUCGCUUUCAAGUUACUGAUGCUCAUGUGCUGUCCAAACGCCGCAUUGGCUUUGUCGGCUUCAAAAGCACAGAAGCAGCCAAGCAAGCUGCAGCUUAUUUCAACAGGACGUAUGUUAAAAUGUCCAAGAUCUCUGUAGAGAUUGCUCGACCGAUUGAUUACAAGCCUGUUGAGGAUGCUCACCAAGCUGCAUCAAAACAUGGCAAGGCAUCUAGUUCCGAUGACUCGUCCAAUGCGCUUAAGCGUAAGCGGGAUGGGGACGACAAAAAGGACUCCCAAUUGCAACAGUAUCUUUCUCUGAUGCAACAUUCGUCCAACACGAAGACGUGGGCCAAUGAUGAAGAUUUAACUAGGCCAACUGAACAACAACCCCCCACAAAUGAUCAGACGGUCACUGCAGCUGAACCUGCCGAGGAACUCACGCAUGCGCAGAAGAAGGCCAGGGUCAACGGGCCAGGGGAAGCUUCAAGUUCAAAGGUUACCGGUGAUUCGGCAAUGACCCUUGGUGGAGAAGACUCCCAGCCCGAACCGAUGGUCGUCGACCAAAGUGGUGCAGAUGGUAGUUCUGAGCAACCGGAACAAGAUCAAUCUGUCGUUGAAGCUGAACCAAAGAGCGACGCUGACUGGCUUCGAUCAAAGACCAGUCGUCUUCUGGGUCUCCUUGACGAAGAUGAACAGGCCGAGUUUGUGCAGGAGGCACCCGCCCCGACGGCUGCCCCAGCUAAGCCAGACCCUGAACCCCACAGCCCUGAGAACGUCGACUCUGAGCCUCAAAACCAUGUUGAGGAACCGCAAGAAGCACCUGAAGUUGACGCAAACAUUGAACUCAUACGCAGUUCUGCGCGGUUAUUCGUGCGGAACUUGUCAUAUGAGGCAACGGAGGCCGAUCUGGAACCUAUAUUUGUUCCCUUUGGAAGGAUUGAAGAGAUUCACAUCGCUUUCGAUACGCGGUCAACAACCAGCAAAGGAUUCGCCUACAUUCAGUACGUCGACCCUCAUGCUGCCAUCGAAGCCUACAAAAGCCUGGAUGGAAAAAACUUCCAAGGACGUAUUUUGCACAUCUUGCCGGCCUCUGCGAAGAAAACAUACAAGAUUGAUGACUACGAUCUGUCAAAGCUACCCGUCAAAAAGCAGAAGCAGAUAAAACGAAAACUCGAAGCUUCGUCAUCUACAUUUAGUUGGAACUCGCUUUAUAUGAAUGCUGAUGCUGUGAUGUCCUCAGUGGCGGAUCGACUUGGUGUUUCAAAAGCAGAGCUUCUUGACCCCACGUCAGCAGAUGCUGCAGUAAAACAAGCACAUGCUGAAACGCAUGUCAUCCAAGAAACUAAGGCCUAUCUUGCUGCGAAUGGUGUCAACAUUGAUGCAUUCAAGCAACGAGAACGUGGAAACACGGCGAUCUUGGUAAAAAACUUCUCGUUUGGUGUCAAGAUUGAUGAACUCAGAAAAAUGUUUGAGCAGUACGGUCAACUCACCAGGUUACUAAUGCCCCCUAGUGGCACAAUAGCGAUUGUUGAAUUUGCAAGACCAGACGAAGCACAAAAAGCAUUCAAAGGUCUUGCAUAUCGCAAGCUAGGAGACUCGAUUCUCUUCUUAGAAAAAGCACCCAAGAAUCUCUUCGAGGGAGCAGCUGCACCGCUUAGACCUACUCCAGAGACCAAGGCUGUCACACAAGGCUUUUCUACUGCCGAUACAUUUGCUGCAGACGAACCUGAUGAAGGCGUGUCGACUGCAACCCUAUUCGUAAAGAACCUUGCCUUCUCCACGACUAAUGAAAACUUCAUUGAUGCCUUCCGGCCGCUGGACGGCUUUGUAUCUGCCAAAGUCAAAACAAAGCCCGAUCCCAAACGGCCUGGGCAAACGCUCAGCAUGGGCUUUGGUUUCGUCGACUUUAGAACAAAAGCCCAAGCCCAGGCUGCUGUUGCUGCGAUGAAUGGCUUCAAACUUGACCAACAUGAGUUGGUAAUCAGGGCAUCUCACAAGGGCGUGGAUGUUGCAGAAGAAAGAAGACGCGAAGAUAACGCAAAGAAGAUUGCGGCAAGGAGAACAAAAAUCAUUAUCAAGAACUUGCCGUUCCAAACCACGAAAAAGGAUAUCAGGUCACUCUUUGGUGCAUAUGGGCAACUUCGCUCUGUGCGAGUUCCUCAGAAAUUUGACCGGUCCGCUCGUGGUUUUGGUUUUGCUGACUUCGUAAGCGCUCGUGAGGCGGAAAAUGCUAUGGAUGCGCUGAAGAACACACAUCUUUUGGGUAGAAAGUUGGUUUUGGAAUUUGCGAACGCGGAGGCGAUCGAUCCUGAGCAACAGAUUGAGCAGAUUGAGAAGAAAGUAGGGGAGCAGCUUGACAGGGUCAAGCUCCAAAAACUCACAGGAACUGGGCGGAAGAAAUUCACUGUAGGGGCCCAGGACGACGAGGAGGCCUAG